AUGGAGGGCCUCUUCUUUAAUACAAACGGCGGUUUCGUGGAGGGCGUCGUCCGAGGUUAUCGAAACACCCUCUUGACUGGCCAGAACUACUCCAACCUGGUACAAUGCGAGACGAUUGACGGUAAAUACUCCCUAUCCAGCUCCGACCGCUUGAGCACAACGCUAAAGUUUUCUCCGAUAGAUGUGAAAUUGCAGCUUGGGCCUGCAUAUGGCGAUUUCCUUGCCGCUCUUCCCCCGAACCCCUCUACCUCCGCUCUGGCAGGCAAGAUGACGGACAAGCUGGUCUCCGAAUUCCGUUACCUUGUCGCUCAGUCCGUAGGAUCGACAGCCAAGUUCUUGGAAUACCUCACGUACGGCUACAUGAUUGACAAUAUCGCUCUUCUUAUUACCGGUACCCUGCACGAGCGAGACACACGAGAGCUCCUCGAGCGUUGUCACCCUCUGGGCUGGUUCGAGACCCUGCCCGUUCUUUGCGUUGCAUCCAAUAUCGAGGAACUCUACAACUCCGUGCUGAUUGAGACACCCCUUGCGCCAUACUUCAAAGGCAGUCUCAGUCACCAAGAUCUCGACGAGCUGAAUAUUGAGAUUGUCCGCAACACGCUUUACAAGAACUACCUCGAGGACUUCCACAAUUUUGUACAAACCCACCCAGACUUUUCUGGUCCGACACGAGAGAUCAUGUCUGAGAUCCUACAAUUCGAGGCCGAUCGCCGCGCCAUUAACAUUACCCUCAAUUCUUUCGGCACCGAGCUCUCCAAGCAGGAGCGAAGGAAGCUAUACCCUGAAUUCGGAAAUCUUUAUCCAGAGGGGAGCCUAAUGCUAUCCCGUGCAGACGAUAUUGAGGGUGUCGCUCUGGCUGUUAGCGCUGUAUCUGAUUAUAAGAGCUUCUUCGAUGCCGUAGGGUUGAGCCAAGGUGGUGGAGGCAUGGGCGGCAUGGGCGGAGGACCCGCGGACGGCAAAAGUCUAGAAGACCUCUUCUAUCAGAAAGAGAUGGAGAUGUCAAAAAUGGUCUUCACACGCCAGUUCACUCCGGCGGUGGUCUAUGCUUGGAUGAAGCUGAAGGAGCAGGAAAUUCGCAAUGUAACGUGGAUCUCUGAAUGCAUUGCUCAGAACCAGAAGGAGAGGAUUGGGAACUUCAUCUCCGUGUUCUAG